CCUAAACCGAGACUUGUAAUGUUCGCCACUUCCUCAUUCAGUCAAAUUGAUAUGGAUUAAUUAGUGAUUUAAUUUCUCUAGAUCGGAGUGGUAGCAUUGUACGCGUAGUAAUUAGGCUUAUCGAUUUGUGACCUCAAAUUUAUUAUUAUGUUAUACAUAUAAAACGUACUGAUCGAGACACAACUUAACACGAACAUUCAUGUUUUAAAACUUAAAUAUGUAAGUUGGCGUGGCCAUUUUGUGUUAUUUUUAUUGGUGUUGAAAUCGCGGAUAUGUUAAUCUAAUGAAAUCAAUGACAGUGAUAGGCUGAUCUUGAGACGCACAAUUUUUAAUAAUUAAGAGUUUGAUACGGACUAUGUAAAUAUUAUUUGUUUAUCGACCUCAAAUGAAAUGUAGGUCAAUGUAUUAUGAGUGCUAAUCAAAAGUACCGGUACGCUCAGAACGCUUAGAUCCAAGUUAAAUGACUCGGUGGAUUCGGUCAGAAUAAAUUGUAUAUAAUUGUGUAUAAUACACACUUAUAUAAGUAUAUAUGCUAUAUAAUUAACAUCAUUGGAUAUUGGAUACCUUCAGAUACAUUCACCUCAACAAGUCUUUUUCUAUAUGGAAUGCGAUAGUGCAUAAUGAUCUUCGUGCAUUAAAUGCAUAGAUAUAUGAAUUAAUGAUGGAGCGGAGACGGUCGAGCAGGAGAUCUCUGAGCAGUGUGAUCGCCGAUUUUCAGACCAGGCGUCGGGUUUUAGGCAUCGAGGAACCUGCUACUGGCAACGAUGAGAAUAUCAAAAUACUACGAAUUAAGGUCAUAGCAGGGGUAAACUUGGCAAAGAAAGACAUUUUUGGUGCUAGUGAUCCAUAUGUACGGAUAUCAUUGUACAGAGGUCACAGAGAGACUGGCAUUAUAGAAACUGUACACACAGCAACGGUGAAAAAGUCCUUGAAUCCAGAAUGGAACGAAGAAUUCUUGUUCAGAGUAAACUCAAGGGACAAUGUUUUGUUAUUUGAAGUAUUUGACUCCAAUCGCUUGACCCGAGAUGAUUUCCUGGGAUUGGUGGAGAUACCGUUAAACCACACUGCCCUUGACACAGAGAGGACUGAUAGAGUUAUUGUGAAGAAAGAUUACAUCCUGCGACCACGAAGUGUACGAUCACGGGUAAGGGGGCAGUUAUGGUUGUAUUUAGCGUAUGUACCAGGUCCAAAUGACAGCACAGCAGAUUACACAAGCGCACCUCAGCAAGAGGUAAAUCCAGGCUGGGAGCUGGUGGAUGGGUUCACAGCCCUGUCUACCUCGGAGGGGGCCUCUGGUAAUGAGGCGUCAGGAGGCUCAGCCUCCGGGCCCGUGAAUACCACACCGCCUACCCCACACCCUGAACCCCUUCCCCCAGGAUGGGAGGAGAAAAGAGACGCCCAGGGUCGUAGAUAUUAUGUGAAUCACAACACACGAAAGACUCAGUGGCAGAGACCUGUAGCCAGGCCACCUGAAGCUGAGGGCCAAGGCAGUACAGACAUGUUACAGUCGAUGGCCCAGGCGUUAUCUAGCACCGUAACUGAGUCCUCACGCCUGCCUGCUGGUUGGGAGGAGAGGAUCGAUGCCAAUGGGCGGGUCUACUAUUGCCAUCACGAAACCCGUCAAACCCAGUGGGACCGGCCCACUGAAAGCUCAGCCUCGGAAGGCGGUGUGACGCCCGAUGAUGCUUGCGCAGCGGCUCUCAAUUACCGACAGCGACGUCACAUCAGUGUAGAGGACACUGUAAGCCUGGGUCCAGAGGGGGAUAACGCGGUGCGCAGAAAUGAAUUUGGUCAACAGGGUAGAUCAAAGUCUGUGGCCAGUGGACCUCGCACGCCGGUGUCCAGUAUAGAUGAGGAACCAUUGCCCGCAGGCUGGGCCACAGGGGUGGCUCCCAAUGGUCGGGUGUUCUUCAUAGACCACAACACUGCCACCACCUCCUGGAUAGACCCCAGAAAGCCUCGGUCAGGCAGUGUUCGCCAGUCACAAGAUGACAAUCUGGCACCAGAUAAGAACAUAGUAAGACCAUCCUCAAAUGUGGACCUGCUGAGCAACCUUGGACCUCUGCCGGAUGGCUGGGAGGAACGAACUCACACAGAUGGAAGAGUGUUCUAUAUCAAUCACAAAACCCGAACUACGCAAUGGGAUGAUCCUAGAUUGGAAAUGUUUGGAGGACCUGCGGUCCCAUAUUCCAGAGACUUUAAGCAGAAAGUGGAAUACUUUAGAUCAAAAUUAAGAAAACCUGCCAAUUUGCCAAAUAAAACAGAUAUUAAAGUCAGUCGAAAGAAAGUUUUCGAAGAUUCUUACCGUGUUGUGAUGUCUAUAAAAAAGCCAGACUUGUUCAAAACAAGAUUGUGGAUUGAGUUUGACGGGGAGACAGGCCUGGAUUAUGGGGGUGUGGCCCGUGAGUGGUUCUUCCUGCUGUCCAAAGAGAUGUUCAACCCGUACUACGGACUGUUUGAGUACUCAGCAACAGACAACUACACACUACAGGUGAACCCUCUCUCAGGCAUUUACAAUGAGGAACACCUCUCAUACUUCCACUUUGUGGGCAGGAUAGCCGGAAUGGCCGUCUUUCAUGGCAAACUUCUUGAUGCAUUUUUCAUUCGACCAUUUUACAAGAUGAUGCUGGGAAAGACAAUUACAUUAGACGAUAUGGAAUCCGUUGACUCGGAGUACUUUAAUUCCAUGUGCUACAUUCGAGACAAUGACCCAGAGCCCCUGGACAUUUACUUCAGCAUAGAAGAAGACUAUUUCGGAGAGAGAACAGAAAGGGAAUUGAAGCCAGGAGGCAAAAAUAUUCAAGUCACAAACCGUAACAAGACAGAAUAUCUUAACUUGAUUGUAAAAUGGCGAUUUGCGUCCCGAAUUGAAAACCAGAUGAAGCAUUUCAUGAAAGGCUUUAAUGAGCUUAUACCACAGAACACUCUCUCCAUCUUUGAUGAGAAUGAAAUGGAGCUUCUGAUGUGUGGUCUCCAAGACAUUGACGUGAAUGACUGGAAGACGCACACAGCAUACAAGGGAGAAUACAACCCCAACCAUCCUGUGAUAGUCAACUUCUGGAAGGCCAUUUAUUCCAUGAACAAUGAGACGCGAGCCAGGUGCCUGCAGUUUGUUACCGGGACAUCUCGUGUGCCAAUGAACGGCUUCAAGGAGCUCCAUGGUAGCAAUGGGCCACAGCUGUUCACCAUCGAGAAGUGGGGCCAGCCGGACAAGUUUCCAAGGGCUCAUACAUGUUUCAACAGAAUAGACCUGCCUCCUUAUGAGUCAUACACAGAUUUAAGGAAGAAGUUACUUCUGGCUAUAGAGAACGCUCAGGGCUUUGAGGGGGUAGACUGAUUAUGGCUGUGUGUUCAUGUGAUGGGUUGCCUGUCAUGGUCCGAGUGUUCAUGUAGCUGGCCUCCAAUAUCUAGAAUCAACAGCCUCAGGAAUCUUUUACAUCAAUCAAAAUUAAUGUUUUACAAUUGCUGUUUGAGUGAAAACAAUACUGGUCAUCAGAUUUAUGCAUAUAAAAUAGGCUAAGCUAAUUUUGUUUGAUAAUUCAGAGCCUGGUAAUGUGUAUAGAGGGUGACAAUGUAAGCAUGGAAACUCAGCAAGGCACCUACCAGUUGAUGUUUAGUAAUAUUGAAGAGAAACUCAACCCACAAAUGUAGUCGGAAUGUUGUGACACAUUUUGUUAUUAUAUUUAAAGAUACUUUAAAUUUGAAACAAAGUAAUUUCUUAGAUGUUUUCCAAUAGCUAGAUGCAAACAAUGGCUUUAAAAAUGUAUGCAAUUAGUUGUAUGUCAGUUGUUCACUAUAUGUGAAGGAUAUCUCUCAAAGAUUCAAUUAUUUAUGUGUUUAAAAUACACUAAGAUGCCAAAAUUAAUAAAACCAUAAAAUACAAUUCUUAAUGCAUUUAGAUAUAAUUCAUUGUGUGUUAAACUGGGAAAAUAUAGAAGUCUCGUAUCUGUUAUGUGAAAUUACAAACAAACAUAAUGUGAGUGAGAAUGUUAUCCCUUUUUGCAUCCAUUUAUUCAAUUUGUUAGUAAAUUGGUCUCUUAAUCAAAAAAGCAAUAAUAUACAUAUUCCAUAUAUAAUAUAUUAUGUACCAAGUAUAUCAAUCACAACAGCUCAUGAUUGGAACAUUAAAAAUUUUCAAAAAAACAAACAAACCCACUUACCUUUAAAUAUCCAAUAAAAAGUGCUUUCAGGCUGCAAUAUUGAUUAUUUGACACAAAUGUCACUUACAUAUUACUGCAGAAUACAGUGAUCCUUCUGCUCCAGGUAAUUGGUGCAAUAGGUUAUUUUACUUGGAUUCUUCGUCGAAUAUUUUGGAAACGUAAUAGAAAAUUGCAUAUUUAUAUAAUUGGGUUUGAUGGAGACCUUGUUUUACAUUUUGAGGAACAGUGGUGGAGCCGUUCAGAUCAUCUUAUAUCCUGCAUAGUAAUAAAGCAUUACUCAAAUGCUUUGAGACAUGUGAGUUGUGUCAUGCAAAACUGGGUCUUACGCAAUAUGCAGCCAAAAUUGCUCCAGACCAGCCUGCGCAUCUGCAUUCAUAUUCUUGUAUCAAGAAUUCGGUGUCUGUUUAAUGUCUGUAAAAUGCUUUGACCUAUGAUUAUCUAAAUUGUUAUGCUGGAUACUUGGUAGGAAAGAAUGAUGCCCAAUGAUUUUAAGGUCAAGGUCAAGGUCACAGAGGAUUGUAACAGUAUAUUUGUAUCUUCAUAAUACUUUGACAAUCCUUUCUCCUAUGAUAAUGCAAAUUGGUAUAGUGAUUACUUGAGUGAAAGGGAAAGUGACUUUUGAUUUUGAAAUCACCAGGACAAAUGUCACAUGGGUUAGUAACAGAAAAGUCCUUUAAGCUUUAUAUUCUUCUUCUUCUUCCGGAUUAAGUGCUGGGCUCCUCUGGAGCAUCGUCGCACAAUGUGAAUAUGUACAUAAGUGUAAAAUAUUUGAAGAACCUGUUGACCAAUUAGCAUAUAAUUUGGUAUAGUGGCUGCAUGUCAUGCAAGGAAAAGACACAGUUUUAUUUUGAUAUUACUAGGUCAAAGAUCAAAGUCACAUAAGGACACAAAUUAUCAAGAAAUUGGUUUCUGUUUUAUAUCUAGAGAACACAUUAACCUAUUACACUGGUAUGAUUGUUACUUAAGAGAAAAGAAUGACACCAUUUAAUUUUGAAGUCAACAGGUUAAAGUUCAAGAUUUUUUUUUCGCACACUAUCUUGACAAGCUUUGACCUUUAAUCAUACAAAUCGGUAUAGUUGUUACUUAGGUAAACAGUAAGACGCCAAUUAAGAUUGGGGCCAUCAGGUUAAAGGGGCUUGUAUCAUCAAAUUGGUUUCCACACAAUAUCUAAAAAAACACUUGAACCAAUAAUAUAUUAGAUUGCUAUGCUGGUUACUUGGGAGGAAAAGAUGCCUUUUGGUUUUGAGGUCAACAUGUUAAAGAUCAAGGUCAUGUGUGCUUGUAACAUUACAGUUGCUUCCACACAAUAUGAUCAUAUAAAUUAGAAGCCUGGUCAGUCUAGAGACUAUACAGGAAGGAAGACUGCUAAUGAUUUCCACAUCAAGAGAAUAAUAGUCAAUAUCAUAGGGACAACGUUGCUUCGUGUUUGAUGGCAAUCAUGUUUUACAAACAUGUCUUGUUAUUUAGCCAGUUUCUCUGAUAUUCCCAUUUUUGUUUACCUAAACAGAAGUCUGUGAUAUGUGUACUGUAAAUACGUGGUAUAUAUGUGGUCUGUACAGUAUAUACCUAGGGAUUGCAGAAAUGGGAGAGUUUAAAUCAAAGCGUUUUGAAUUACGUUUUGUGGUAGAGUGUAACAUAACUUAAAACUCUAAUUUGAUUGCCAUUUUGAUUUUACCAUAUAUAAUAUUUGGUUGUGCAAUACAUAGGUGUUAAAGAUCCUAUUAAUUCUUGAAAUGUGUUUCCAUAUUGAUGGCUAUGGAAUCUUAUGAAAUGAGUAUGCAUUUAAGCCCCAAAAACACUCAAAAUCAAUGAAUAUUUCAUAAAAUAUUUGGCAAAGUUUAAUAACCAAUGAAAAUCAGUGUUCCUUAUAGCAAUAGCCAAAAUUCAAAUGCUAGAUGUAGUAUGGUAACAUACAUUUAAAGAGAUUUGAAACGCAUGUUGUUGUUUUUUAGUGUGACAAUAUAUCACAUGACUAUUCUUGGCGACGAUAUCCAAAGAUUUAUGAGCAAACACGUGAUUGGCUUCAGGCAGCGUUGGAACCACGACGUAUUUCUCAUAAAUAUCCAGAAGCCAAUCCCAUGUUUGCUCGUAAAUGUUCGGAUAUGGUCGUGGGAAAUUCACAUGGAAUGUAUUGUCACACAAAAAUAAAAAUGAGCAUUUUGUAUCUGGUUACAGCUAUGUUACCAGACCUCAUAUAGUGUUGGAAUUUUGGAAAUUGCUAUAAGGAACACUGAUUUUGUAUGUGUCGACUUUAUUUUUUGAAAUAUUUUAGGAAAUAUUUGUUGACGUUGAGUAUUUAUGGGGCUUUAAAAUUGUAUGUAAGUUGAUUUAGGUAAUCUGUAAGAAGAUGCAAAUACAGAAUUAAUUCUAUGAACAAAUGUCAGCUGACUUGAAUGUUUUUUUCUCAAAGAACUGCACAGGACCAACAUGCUUUUUGAGAUAAAUUUUACAGAUUUUGAAAUCUGUCAAUCAUGCUCUCUUCACAACUGUGAAAGUGUGUGCUCUAGUUGUUAGAUGAGUAUCUGCUAGUAUAGGAAAACCAUAUGCUAACAUUACAAUCAGAGUAGCUUGCAUAGACAAUUGGCUUAAUUAAUACAACAUUAAAAAAUGUGUACCAAACAAGGUGAAGUAUUUGCUUGUAUCGUAUGAAAUGUGGACAGAAUUUUUUUUAAUAGCACUGUUAGUAUUGACACUCACUUUUUUUCAAAACUUAUAUUAUGAAAGAAUAAUGACUGAUUGAAAUGUAAAUGCAGAAACGUUCAGUGGGCAUUAAGAAAAGAAGUGUGAAAGAAUAUCAAAAUUUCAGAGGUCAUAUACACCAACAUAGUAGCUCUUGGAAAAACUGGGUUUAAUGCUUGUGCAUCAAAUUUAGUCUCAGAUUAGCCUGUGCUGUUCUCAUAGGAUAAUAUGGAAGGAUGCUUUUUGCAUUGACUACAUUUUCGUUUAAAAGAAACUUCCUUGAAAUCAAAAAUAUUCUAUUAAAGCGGAUAGUGUAUUCCAUAGCUAAUCUCGGAAAAUACUUAAUGCAACUGCAUAAAGUGUGGUUUUCCCAUAUGCCUCAUGUUUCUUAAUGUACCCUUUGAAAUACAGACAAAUAACAUGUUGCACCAUAGCAAAUGUAUAGUCUUGAUUACUAUAUAAUGUUCUCAAAACAAUAUUUUUGCUUUCACUUUCGAGUUAAUGGAAUCUUGGAUGAGUUCAAAAAUGGUUCCGGUUGGUUGAAAAACAUGGCUGCCAGGGGGCGGGGCAUUUUUCCAUAUGUCCCUUAUAAGUAAAGCCUUGUUAACACUCUAGAGGCCAUAUUUAUUGUCCAAUCUUCAUGAAACUUGGUCAGAACAUUUUUUUAAAUGAUAUCGUGGAAGAGUUCGAAAGCAGUUCUGGUCUGUUGAAAAAACAUGGUUGCCAGGGGGCAGGGCAUUUUUACUAAUAUGGCUUUAGUAAAACCUUGUUUUCUUAAAACUUUAGAGGCCAAAUUUAUUGUCGAUCUUAACAAAACUUGGCCAGAAGAUUUUUCCACAUGACAUCAUGGCUGGUUCUUGUUGGUUGAAAAACAUUUCCCCCAAGGAGCGGGGCCCAUUUUUUCUUAUAUGGCUUUAGUUAGUAGUUAACCUUGUUAACACACUUGAAGCCACAUUUAUUGUUCAAUCUUCAUGAUGCUUGGGCAUUAAAUUUGAUCUAAUAAAAUCUUGGAUGAGUUUGAAAAUGGUUCUGGUCUGUUAAAAAACAUGACCGCCAAGGUGCAGGAAUGUUUCCUUAUAUGGCUAUAGUUAAACCUUGUUAACCUUGUAAAAGUCAGUUAUUGUACAGUCUUCAUGAAACUUAGUCAGUACAUUUGUUUUAAUAAUAUCUUGGGCUGCAAAGAAAUGGUCAGUUCCUUUGUAUCUCAUGUGAGCGACUUUUGGUCUUUCAGACCCUCUUGUUACACAAGUUUCAUAGUUACAGAAUUAGCAAUUAAUUGUUUUAGUAUGAAACAAAUACACUUAAUUUUUAUUUGGCAGAUAGUUAUGCAAAAAAGUAUUAGUACUUAUCUUCUCAUUUGAUGUAUAUAAUAAGGUACAUGUAGUAAAAGGUAUCAGUUUUUGGUACAGAGUGGCACAAAUAUUUGUUUAGAUACACCGACAAUACUAAAAAUAUGCAUCUGGAAUUCUGAUACAUACUGUGAGGUGUUCAUGGGUGUCUCAAACCUUGUAUAUAUGUGUCUUUAUGCACAUAUGUUUAUUGUUACUCUGUAAUAUUAAAGAUUGUUUUUUACUGGAAUAGUGUAUAUAUAAAUGGAAACAUAAAGCUGUACAUGGAUGAUAAUUGAAAAUAAAUAUGUUUACAAAAACA